AGCAGCCAGGGCACAAAUGGUCAAGCUGUUGGAGAAACUGGACAGGGGUGUAAGCGUGAAACACUUGAUGGAAGAGUAUGGUGUUGGAAUGACCACCAUAUAUGAUCUGAAGAAACAGAAGGAUAAGCUCUUGAAGUUCUGUGCGGAAAGUGAUGAGCCAAGGUUAAUGAAAACCAGAAAGACACUGCAUAAAGCUAAAAAUGAAGAUCUGGAUCGUAUAUUGAAAGAGUGGAUCCGCCAGCGUCGCAGUGAACACAAGCCACUGAAUGGUAUGCUGAUCAUGAAACAAGCCAGAAUCUAUCAUGAGGAACUGAAAAUUGAAGGCAACUGUGAAUACUCAACAGGCUGGUUGCAGAAGUUUAAGAAAAGACAUGGCAUUAAGUUUGUAAAGAUUUGUCGUGAUAAAGCAUCCAGUGAUCACAAAGCAGUAGAGCAUUAUGUUGAAGAGGUGGAUUUGGACAAAGACUUUAACACUGAUAGUCAGACUCGAGCCGUUCGUUCGUUGACUGGUGGCGAGAUGGCCAAAGUGCUUCUGAAUCAGCAGGACUGUUGUAAAGAUGCUGAUAAAGAUGGUGUUGUGGACACCGGAGCACAAGUGCCUAUAGACGACAUGGUGAAAAUGUGUGAUGGGCUUAUUGAAGGACUAGAACAGCGUGCAUUCAUAACAGAACAAGAAAUCAAGUCAGUUUAUAAAAUCAAAGAGAGACUGUUAAGACAAAAACUAUUGCUAAUGAGCAGAUGACUCUAGAGGGAACAGUUAAAAAAGUCAUCCAGCAGAACACCUCCUCAUCCCUGGAGGACCCACUUCCUGGUUCCUCAACUGCGUCGGAUGUUUCCUCUCACCCCAAAGCAAUGAAGUAGAGGGCACAGUGGCCUCUCAGUAGACAGGUGUUGUGGGUGGACACUGCCGGACCGCUGUGGCUAAUCCUUGCUGCUACUUGCCAGCUGGUGCGGAUUUUCUGGUGAUGUUAAAGUGUUGCUUAGUUACCCUGAGCUUGUUUUUCACUGUACUAAUGAUAUGUCAUAUUUUUCACUGUUAAGUGCUUGUGUGAAAAUAAAUAUAAAAAAAUUA